AUGCUCUUGCGCCCGCGAGCAUCGGCCAGGGCUGGCGUCAGGCGGGAGAAGGGCGUCCUCAGCCCCGGGUACCGGGAGGCUGUCGGGAACGAGUUCCGGGCGGCCGGGGAGGGAGUGCCAGGUGGCCGCCGCCCACUUGGUACCGUCCCGCUGCCUCCGGCGGCACCGGUGACUUGCAGUCUGUCCGCAGGAGGCGGCGCCGCCGCCAUCCUGCUGCGGUACCUGCGGGAGCAGAACCGGCCGUACAGCGCCCAGGACGCCUUCGGGAACCUGCAGCGGGAGCACGGGCUGGGCAAGGCGGCCGUGGUGAAGGCGCUGGAGCAGUUAGCGCAGCAGGGUCGCGUCCGUGAGAAGGCCUACGGGAAGCAGAAGAUUUACUUCGCUGACCAGGAGCAGCUCCCGGCCGCCAGCGACGCGGAGCUCCGCGGCCUGGACGAGCAGAUCGCUGCGCUCUCCGCCAAGCUGCAGGCGCUGCAGCAGAGCUGCCGGCAGAUGGAGGCAGAGCUGAAGGACCUGAACAGCUCCAUGACAACUCCUGAGAUGGCCAAAGAGCUUGGGGAGCUGAAGAAGGACUGCAAGAGUUACUCCGAGAAGCUGGAGAGGAUUAAAUCUGCCACCAACCACGUGUCCCCAGAAGAAAAAGAGAAGGUCUGCAGCGAGCAGCGGCUGUACUGCAGGGAGUGGCGCAGGCGCAAGCGGAUGGCAACUGAGCUGCUGGAUGCCAUCCUGGAGGGGUACCCCAAGAGCAAGAAGCAAUUCUUUGAGGAGGUUGGGAUAGAGACAGACGAGGACCACAACGUGAGGCUGCCCACGGCUGUCUGAGCUGCUGCUGGAGCUCAGCUGGGCUCUGCCCUCUGCCUGCAGGCUCAGGCUGGCACUGUCUGGUUGUACAUGUUGGGGUUAAAAGGUUUUGCAGCUGGGGUGCAGGGGGUGACAGCACUGGGCCCCUCUGGGCAUUUAUUUCUGCCUGCCCCUCAGUGCAGUGAGCUGCUUGGGUCGGUGUGAGCACACCAGUGUGGAGCCCCUGCUGCUCCAGUAGGAGGGGAAGGGACUGAGUGGUACCCAGAGGUACAGCCCCACCAACAGGAGGGGUUUGGUUCAGCUCUGCU